AGUGGAAACACUGGCGUCACGUAUUGCGUCAAGUCAGCUGUACGCGCUUGGUGUACCGGAAUUGGUUGCCAAAGAUCGUGAGGAUUAUGUUCGAAUUGCUGUGAAAUUGGGCACGGAUCGUGAAUAUUUGAGUCAAAUUCGAGCAAAAGUAUGGAAAGCUCGGACAACAUCAACACUAUUUAACGUUCGACAGUACUGUGCGGAUAUGGAGCGCCUGCUGCAUAAGAUGUGGAAGCGAUAUGCGGAUGGCCUACCGCCUGAUCAUAUUUUAUCGGAUCGUGAUGCGCUGGAUUCUGAUGAGAGAAUGAUAUAG